AUGGAUCCUACGAAAGCCGAACAAUUACCAGAUGAACUCUGGUUGAUGAUAUUCCAUUACUUAGAAAUCAUUGAUGUCCUGUUGACUUUCAAGGUUUUGAAUCAACGUUUUCAACAAAUGAUCAAACCUUAUUACAAUCACAUUGAUCUAGCCGACGCCUCGUCGAAACAAUUCAAUGCAUUCAUUAAUGAAAUUCUUUUAUCCAAAGAAAAUCACCCAAUUCGCUCACUAACAUUAAAAAACAGUGGACAAUUCAAGAAAAUAUUCUAUUCAAAAGAACACACCUUUACUCGUCUUCAACACAUCGAAGCAUUGCAAUUAACCAUUGAUCAUUGGUUUCAUGAACACGAUUUGCUUAACAUUACACUACCUCAUCUAUCGCAUCUAUCAAAUCUAACCAGUCUUCAUCUGAACAUCUUACCAGACACUUACAUGAAAGAUUCAUUUCGUCCGGUCUUCGAGUACUUCUCAUUCCCAUCAACAUUAGUCAAGCUGACCAUCUUAGGCUUUUGGAAACAAAUGAUGAAAGGUUACACGACCUUAAACUGGUUCAGAUUACCAUCGAAUAUCAGAUCGUUUGCAUUCGCGAUUGAUAAUUUGAAAACAAUCUAUAAGACUAAUUUUCUACAAGAGGCAAAUAACCAUAUCGAGGAUUUAAAAAUCGCCUUCAAAGAAAUGAAUGAUUUCGACGCGAAAUAUUCGAACUUGAACUUUUCAACUUCGUUAGUAUCGUUACAUUUAGAAAUGCCAUUAAUCACUAUGGAAUUUCUACCCAGACUGUUGAAUUUAUUUUCCAAGGAAAUAAAAUCGUUGAUUCUGAUUCUUCGCGUAUCGUUCGAAGUUGAUUUGAAUUUAAUCAUAUCGAUUAAAGAUCUGUUCCCAUCACUGGAAAUUUUUCAAUAUGUCAUUUAUUCGCCAAAUCAAAUCAUAACAAAUACUGCGGACCAUAUCGUCUCACCAUUUCACGAUAUAAACAAGUUCGCUUGGAAAAGGUACAUCAACAAUCUGAACUAUGAUAACCUCUCAACGGAUUUCAUCAAAUUACACAAAUUGACAUACGGAUUAUCUUCGGAAUCAUUCGAUUUGACUCAUGACAACAUUAAUACCUUAAAUCAAUUGAUUGUUUUACUACCAAACUUGAAAGCUUUGAAAUUAAACGGAAAUAAUUCGCAAACGAUCAUCGAAGUCCUGAAAUUACUUUGUACGAAACGACUGACAAAAUUUCAUUUCAACACUUCGAAAUUUCACCAUUCAUUUCUUAUUGAUCUAGCACAAAUCAUUCCGCAUGUUCGAGAACUUCGUUUAGAAGACAUACAUUUCAGUAAAUAUCAUGCAGACUAUUCCAUAAAUCGAAAAAUCUAUCGAAAAGUUCUCACAGCAACAGUAGCAAUCGAACACGUCCAACGUUAUUACAAAGAACUCAUGGACUUAUAUCUGUACAUGUUACCAUUCAAUUACACCGAUAAGGAAAUGUGUAAAGCGAAUCAACAGCUACAAGAAUGGCUGAAUGGCGCGAAACAACAAGAUGGAUUCUAUUCGAUUUAUACAAUUCACCAAAACUACUAUCAAUCUUUUCUGUCGAACUAUGAUUCGGAUAUUUAUCAAAAAAGUUUCCCCUAUUGUCUUUAUGUUUCACCUUGA